CAGCCAAUCGUCGCGCUGCACUGGGCGGGCUCUUACUAACCCAACCCAGGUGGAAGGAGGGAACAGAGACUGCUGUCUAGCCUACGGAGAAGGGUUAUCGGCCAAUCAGAGCUGAACCAGGAGCCAAGCGGCGGCUCAAAGCGUUACUGAGCAGGCGCAAAGCCAAGACCAGGUAGAGCUCAUCUGCAUACAGAGGCGGAGGUUGAUGGAAGGAGGCGGAGCGCUGAAAGCGAGCCACACCAGUCAGCGCCUUCCUAUUGUAACCCCUCCCACUCUGUCAGCGCACACAGGAAACGGCUGCCGUCGAGACUGGCUGAUUGGGUAAGAGCAGCCGACUGUUCUGUCAGGAUUGGCCCAAUGAUUCUUUUCGAAGUUUGCAGCAUCCAAUCGGAAGAGCGGGAACUAAGCUACAAGCCAUAACCGAAGGCUUCCUCCGCGAGACUCUCAAGAAAGUAGUCUCCACGGACGGAGGUCAAUCGCUGGUUUCCCUGGUCACUGUGUCACUGCAGCUAGCGGUGAUGUCCCUCCGAGCUCACGAAGCCACACCUGUUCCUGGGACGGCGAGGUGAAGACCUGGGAGCCUUCGGGGUGAGCGUGCACACGUGCGGAUGGCGGCGGCGUAGAGAUUCGCAGAGCAACGCCGGGACGACGAGGAGGCGGGGCUGGCGAUUUGAAUCGGGCGGCGGGCCGCGGCCGGGUGGAGGGGAGGGUUCAGGUUUACGCCGGCUCUGGGGAUCCGAGCGUCGGCGGCGGGGGACGAGGUAGCCUCCUCGCUGCUGGUUUGGCGGCCGACAGUUGCUUUCUCGAGCGAACCCUUCAGGACCAAAGAGCCGAAGUCUAGAGCGCACGACACUCAUCGGUGGAGCGCUCAAAAUAAACCCGACCGGAGGAGAGCGGAGCUGCGGGCGCGAAAGAUGGAUGCUAGUUCGAAAGACAGCGAGCCCCUUGAAACCAAGGAGUCUGCUUUUAACGCUGAAAAUACUUCUUUCAUAUUGGGAAAUGGGAAGCUUGUCACGCCUCAGAAGCACUCAGCUGAAGUGACUCCUAAUCGUUGUACAUCAGAUACUUUUAAAUCGCCUUUAAACUUUUCCACAGUAACUGUGGAGCAAUUGGGAAUUACACCUGAAAGCUUUGUAAAGAACUCCUCAGGAAAGUCGUCAUCCUACCUUAAAAAAGCCAGACGACGCUCUACAGUUGGUGUUCGGGGCUCCCCUGAAACAAACCAUCUGAUUCGUUUCAUUGCCCAGCAGCGGAGUUUAAAGAAUGCUUCUUCAACCAGGAAUUCCCCUUUUCAGGGCAGCCCUGUUCUGUAUCGAAAUGUUCAUUCUUUAAGAGAGCAAAUAUCUGCCUUCCAGUCAGCUUUUCACUCCAUAAAGGAAAACGAGAAAAUGACGGACGGUUCUGAAUUCCCAGAGGAGGAAGGAGUGUUCAAGACCAUGGGCUCGACCAAGAAGGCAAGUCUUGGUGAGUGUCAGCUGUCCGAGUUCCCUGCGAAGCUGACAUCCAAGCGUCGGAGGUUGUCCUCUCUGAGGGGCUCUGAUGGGAAUCUUCCGAGGAGCUUGGUCUCAGGAUACUCAACACUGCGCCUUUCCCACACAGAUGGAACGUGUGCUCUCGAAACCUCUGCAACUCUCUCUAAGAAGUCUUCUGAAUCUGGUUUAAUGCCACAGUCUGGAUGUUCAGUUGAAGAGUCCACUCUACUUUCAGAGCUCACAGAGGCUUCAAGUGGAAUCCAGAUUACUGACUCUGCCGAGGGCACAGGAUCCAGUGAUGCUGUUUCAUUUGACAAAUUGACAGAAUUGAGCGGGGACAGGGCUCCCGACGCCAGAUCACUGGUGACCCCGCUGGGCCAGAGGGACAUUCCAUCCUCUGAGACCGUUGUGCUCCGUUCUGUGCUGAAGAAACCCUCUGCUAAGCUGUGUCUAGAAAGCCUGCAGGAACACCGUGACAACCUCUCUGAUGAUGGAAUACUCCCAAGCUUAAUCUCAAAUCUUGCAAACUGUUGCAGAGAACAAAAAGAAGAGGGUCAAGAAAAUUGUAAAGUACCGGCCUUUCUAAAUAUGAGGAAGAGGAAGAGAGUUACUUUUGGAGAGGACCUGAGCCCUGAAGUGUUUGAUGAAUCUCUGCCAGCAAACACCCCAUUACGUAAGGGAGAAACACCUGUUCGUAAAAGGGAGUUAAGCAGCCUCAGUCCCCUGCUACUCGACCAGUCACAAGUUCCUGAGCGGUUACCUCAACCAAAUUUUGAUGACAAGGGAGAGAAUCUUGAAAACAUAGAACCUCUUCAGGUAUCAUUUGCAGUUCUGAGUCUUGGUAAAUCUUCCAUCUCAGAAACUCUUUCAGGCACUGAUGCCUUUGCCUCUUCAAAUAACCACGAGAAAAUAGCUUCCCAUAAAGCUGGCAGAGCAACGCGGACCUCUAACAGAAGAAGCCAGUUGAUCAGUUUUUCAGAAGAGAGUGUUUGCAACUUAUUUAACACAGAAGCUCAGCCUCGUAAAGAAAAGAAAAUCAAUAGGAGGAAGUCUCAAGAAAGCAAGGGCACAGAGAGAGCACAGCCUAGAAAGAAUCAGGUUUUGAAAGGUUGCAGAAAGAAGAAAGCCAAGGGAAAGAAGAAAAGUGUUGCAAAGUCUUUAUAUGGGGAAAGAGACAUUGCUUCUAAGAAGCCGCUCCUGAGUCCUAUUCCUGAGCUUCCCGAGGUCUCUGAGAUGACACCGUCUGUUCCAGGCGUCCCAAGGAUGUGCUCAGAUGAUUUCAAUUCAAAUGGUGAACUUGAAGAAGUCAAGCUUCCUAAGGGGAAGAAUCUUUUGCCUCAGAAUCCAGAAGAUUUGCAGCUGAUUCAUGGCUUUAAUAAAUACAAUGGGUCUGAAUUCUGCUGCUCUUACAUGAAAUGUUCCUCAUCUCUUAUUAAUGCUCCUUUUGAUCAAGAUUCAAGUACAAAUGUUAUAGAAAUUGAUGAAAACAGAAGUAUUCCAAAAGCAGCAAUUAAAUUAGAAAGUGAAAACGAACUAAAAAGUGAGACUGAGAGUAAAAACAGACAUAUUUCCUGUGCUUCUGUGACUGAAACGCCCCCCAUUGUUUCAGAUAUUCCAAAACUUGAUUUUACCCUACAGUCUCAAGAACUUUCUACUGCUGGUCAAAAUGUGGAAAACCUCUUUCAGAUCUUUAAAAUUUCAGAGGAUAUAAACAGCAAGUGUGAAAAACAGGAUAGUUUCUCAGGCAUUCCAGAAGGAAAACUGCAGAUCAAGUGUUUAAUGCCUGACUCACAGAAAGAAUGUGAUUAUUCAGAAGAUCUCUUAAUUGACAACAUAAAAGAAAGUACAACUCCAGGUGCGGAUGGGGGAGGAAGCUUCACUGAAUGUAGUAAAGGUGUGGGUUACAGAGAAAGGAAACAUAGAAGAUCCACCGUGGGUUGUUCUGAUGGGCAGUAUUCAUACCCGGAAAAAAUGAGAAAUCCCAAAGCUUCCUCUGGUGUGAGCAGCUCUGUGGGCAUUAGUUUAGAAAAUUCUGAACUAUAUAAAGAUUUAUCCGACGCCAUUGAGCAAACCUUCCAGAGAACAAAGAGUGAAACAAAAGUAAGACGCAGCACAAGGCUACAAAAAGGUUUGGAAAGCGAAGGGCUUGUGUGGAUUUCACUUCCAGCGCCUCCGGCUUCCUGCACCUCCCAGAGAAGCAAGAGGAGAACAAUAGGUACGUUUGACAGCCUAGGGUUUGAGAGCCUGUCCUCCAGGCAGAACCCUUGCGAGCUUCCCACCACAUCAGGCCAAGAGAACCGCGAGGGCUUUGCUGCUGCUGCUGCUGCUUCUCCUGCCAGUUUGCCUGGGAGGAGGAGGAAGAGCUUUUGUACAUCCACACUUGCAGAUACUAAAAACACCACCCAGUCAAAAGGCUACAAAAGAAGAACCUUUCUCCACCAGAAGGGAGAGAAAGCUCUCCAAGCGUUUGAGAGAAUCGGACCAAUAGGAGACCGGAAGCAGUAACUGACAUUUCCUGCAGAACAGAACGUUUGGCGAGAGGGAGAGGGAAGGUAACCAACCAUCCAUGCCUGAAAGAUUCUUUCAUUCCAAUUCCCAUUCUUUGUUCAACCUCAGUGUUUUAAAAGUUUCAAAUAAAUCAUUUGAGUUGAACCUACUUUUAAGUAGAAAUAAGUGAGUUUUUUCAUCAUUCAAAAAGGAACCAUUCUAGGAGUUCCCUGGUGGCUCAUCAGGUUAAGGGGGACCCAGCGUUGUCACUGCCGCAGCUCAGGUUGGUGUUGUGGUGCGGUUUCGAUCCAUAUGUUCAACCCCCAAAUGGUAAAUGCUUUAUUGAUAUUUCUGUUAAGGAUUGUUUUCAGAACCAGCAAUGUGUCUCUUAUGUUCUAUUUCAUGUUAAUACAUAUUUACCGCUGGAGGUUUAGAGUUUCUGUUGUAAAAAAUCAUCUUUUAGAUUUGACUUGUUAUAUCUGGAUGAGGAGAGUGUUUGUUUUUGAAACAAAUUGAUAGAAUUAAUGUAACUAUGAAAAUUGAGGGUAAUACACAGUUGACAAUUGUUAAAGAAAAGGGAGGGAGAUGUAUUUUUAUUUUACAACAUUCCCACUAAAAACUGGUCAAAAAUUUUAACAACUAGGAGAGAUGGAAACGAUGAAACUUGUUUUUCCCUUUUUGAGCUAAAGAGAAACUUUAACAACUUGGUUUAUCUGUCUGAAAUAAAAAUUUUAAUAGAUUAAAAUCAAAUCUGCAACAUGGGAUUUUUGGAAAAUUCUGCCAAUAACCAGAAUAUUGCAAAUCCAUUUUGCAGAAUGAAUAUAUAAUUUAUAAAUAAUAUGAAAGCAUUUUGACCUUCAAGAUUCUUGUAUAUUUUGCGAGAUAGGAAGUAGAGGAUUGAUUUUUGGUGAAAAUAUCAACAGCCCGGUUGAAGACUCAUGUCCCAGAUUAUUCAAAUCAGUCAUAGGUAAUUUAGGAUCAUGGGUCUCCAUUAAGAAAAAGGAAAAAAAAUUUUUUUUGAAUCCAGAAACUCACUUAAAGAGCCCUAGAAAAUUGGUUUACUAACAUGAAGCACAGUGGGAGGCCGCUGAUUUCUUUUUUAACAUGGCAUUGUCCAGCCUUUCUAACUUUUUAAUUUCACGAUGCCAAGUACUAUGCCUUGUUUUGGUUUUUCAGUUAAGCUUCAGCAAUAUAUCCUAUCCCUGUUUGGGGGACCAGAGUUUGAAAAUCUAAAUGGCUAUCUAUCUGGAAUUUGUGACCGCACAUAAAUCACGGUAUCAUUAAACAAUUGUCUUUGAAAUCCUUUAAAUCAUUAAACUCUCCCUCUCCAUGAUAGCAGAAACAUGUUAACAAAUAGAGCUCUCUAUAAAUAACACAACAGGGAAGAAAGCUCCCGCUGAGCGUCCAUUUCCCCCGCCUUGGAGAGAGACUAUUUGUUACCUUCUUGGCACCAAUAGGUCUGGAACUCCUGCUGCUAAGGACUAAUGUAUUUUACAUUAACACUCAAAGUGAUCCCCAAUUUCUUCUGCGAAAGGGUGGAUUGUUUCAAAAAUUCUUUUAUGUUUCCACGUAAAAUUAUUUAUGGACUGCCCCCGCCCCAUUUAUAGUUUGUUAUAGUUGACCAAUGUCUACCACUAAAAAACCAAAAAAAAAAAAAAAAAAAAAAAUUCUUACGGAGCUCUUUGGUUUUGGAAAUUUAAAAAGGAAAAAAAAACUUACAGAAACAUGCAAUGUUAGAAGGUUUUGUUUUCAAACUUUUUUUUGUUCUCCUUUGUUUAAUAGGAAGACUUAAAUUAUUUUCUCCCCUUUUUACAAUUGUAUUUGAAUUUUCAGAAUUUUGUGUGUUUUAGUUCUCAAAAAGUGCUAACGAGGAUGAAGGAAACAUUUUGGUCCUUGGGGGGUUUUUUUGCUUGUGAUUUUGGUUUUUUUGGCUCGACUUUUUCAAAUUGUGAAAUUGUUCUCAUUUUCUAGCACCUACAGGUAAAAAUAUGAACACUUCACAAGUUCUAUUUGUUUCAAAGUAUUUCGCUGUGAAUAUUGUUGAUAUCUGUAAAUAAGAAAUAGGCUGUUUUCCUAAAAGGAACAAAUCUGAGAAACCGAAACAACUUGGAGGUAAUGUUAUCCACUGAGGAUAUUCAUUUGUAUCAUAAAAUUUGUAAAAAAUUUGUAAAAAGUUAAUGAUUUCUGUAUUUCAUCCUGCUUGCUUGUUUUUAACUGUUUCUUUUCAUUCAUGGUUAAAUCAGAAACUUGCCUUAUCUUUUUUACAGCAGUUAGUGGUGACAUUUUGCCUUAGAAUGGCUUUUACUUCUCCUUUCUUGCUCCAGUAGAUUCUCGUUUGUUCCAGAAGAUGGCAGUAUGGUAUCUGAAAUUUUUCCAUCCUGCAUGCACCUCCUUAAGCAGGGCAGCUCUUUACUAUUGUUUAUGGAUGCUUCCCCUUAACUUUUGUUGUCACUCACUUUUAUUACAAAAGUAAUAUUUCUACUGUUGAAGAAAGUGGAGAACUGUGCAAAAUUAAAAACUGUAUUCCCCCCACCUAAUGCAGAGCAUCCUGCAACCACACCUUUCUUGACCUUUCCAGGUGUCAGCACUGUUAACAGCCAGCAAACCUCUUCCAGACCCUUCACCUAUGUAAACAUAGGUUUUGUAUUUUUAUAAUGGGAUCACUCUGUGUGCCAUUUUGUGACUUAAAAUCUUUUUUCAUCAAAAUACUGUGAAUAUCCUCAGUGUUUUUAUGGAGAGCCUUAGUGCUACUGCAGUCCUUUUAACCCCUGCAUAGAAUUAUACUCUUUGGUAUCUAUUAUGUAGUUAAGCCGUCUUCUUGCUAAUGGAUGCUAGCUGUCUCCAGUUUUUUUGUAGUUGAAAAUUAUGCCAAGAGUUCCUGCUGGGGCUCAGUGGGUUAAGAAUCCAACUGUAGCAGCUUGGGUCCCUGCAGAGGUGCGAGUUUGAUCCCUGGCCCAGCACAGUGGGUUAAAGGAUCCUGCAUUGUUGCAGCUGUGGCAUAGGUUGUAGCUGUAGCUCGGAUUCAAUCCCCAGCCUGGCAACUCCCAUAUGCUGUGGGUGUGGCUAUUAAAAAAGAAAAUUAUGCCAUCCUGGACUGGGGUGCAAAUGUAAGAUUAAUUCCUUGAAAUUAAAAUUAAAUGGUUGCCAUGUUCUUUCCUCUAGAUUUCCCCUGGCAAAAUUCCUUUAUAAAGAUUUUGGCCUCUUUGCCUUCUUUCUGUCCACUGUAUUUUUCCUCUGCCAUUUAAUGCCAGGUUGCUUCCACUCUCUCUCACUACUCCGCCCUUACACUUACGCUGUAGAAUUGAAGGGGAGGCUUAAUUUUGGCAUAACAAGAAGGAAAUAAUUAACAGUGCCUGAUGUGUGCUUUAGAUUGAAAGAGCUUUUCUUUUUUUCCUUUUCCUUUUAAAGUCAGGUUUAUUGAGGUAUAAAUCGCCUGUGGUAAAGUUUACCCUUUUUAAAGGAAUUUUGGCCAAUUCAUGUAGUCCUAUAACCACAACCACAGUCAAGUGAGAGAACAUUCUCAUCACCUGAAAGAAGUUUCCCUCCUGCCUCUUUGCAGUCAGUCCUGUCUCCCCCAACCCUAGCCCCUCCCAAUCACUCAUCCGAUUUCUGUCCUUGUAGUCUUGCCUUUUCCAGAAUGUCAUAUAAACGGGACCAAUAUGAUGUUUAUCCUUUUGCAUCUGCGUUUUUAAACAUAAUGCUUUUGAGAUUCAUCCAUUUUGUGUAAGUAGUUGAUUCUUGUUUUUUGCCACGUAGUAUUCCACUUCAUGCAUGUACCACAGUUUAUCCAUUCACCACUUGAUGGAUGUUUGGAUUGUUUCCAUUUUGGGGCUAUUACAAAUAAAGCUGCUCUAAACAUUCACCUGUGGAUCUUUUUUUUAAUAGAUAAUGUGUUUUCAUUUAUCUUGAAUAAAUACCUAGAAUUGGAAUUCCUGGGACAUGUGGCUGGGGUAUGUUUAAGUUUUUAAGAAACUGCCAAGCUUUCCCUUAGCAACUGCACCAUUUUACGCCUCACCUGCAACACAUUGUUUCAGUUGUUCCACAUUUUUAUCAUCACAAGGUGUUUCUAGUAGGUAUGCGGUGGUAUCUCAUUGUUUGAUGAUGGUCAAUGAUGUACAUCUUUUCCUGUGCUUACUUUCUAUUCUUAUAUCUCUUUUUUGAAGUGUCUAUUCAAACCUCUUGCCCAUGUUAUCUUUUGUUGUUAUUCUUAUUACUGAGUUGAAAAAGUUCUUUGUAUGCUUGGAUAUAGUCCUUCAUUAGAUAGGUAUCUUGCAAAUAUUUUUUUCCCAGUCUGUGGUUUGUCUUAUUUUCUCUUAGCCGUGUCUUUUGAAAAGAAGGUUUAAUUUUGAUGUAACCUAGUUUAUCAAUUUUUUUUUCUUUAGUGGAGCAUACUUUUGUGUCCUAACUAGGAAAUCUUUGAUGGAUUCGAGGGUAUAAAGAUUUUCUUCUAGAAGUUUUAUAGUUUUGGCUCUCAGGUGUUAGAUCCACUUUGAGUUAAUUUUUGUAUACUGUGUAAGAUGAGGGUCCUUUUAAAAAAAUGAAAAUCAGCACCAUUUGUUGGAAAAAUUUUAUAUUCCUUCUUGAAUUUCAGUGGCACUUCAGUUGAACUUAUAUAUGUUUAGGUCUAUUUCUGGACCUUAUUGUAUUCCAUCUAUAUGUCUGUUCUUAAAUCAACAUCAUACCAUCUUGAUUACUGUAAUAAAGCUUUUUUUCCCC